UGUUUCAAGAAAUGUCAACACUUAACGCAAGAGGCGCUGCAAAACCAUUUCCUUUUUCUUUUACUUUGUGUAUGGUGUCAGAGCAAGCGCCUUCAAGAUGCAGAUCUUCGUCAAAACCUUGACGGGGAAGACCAUCACUCUCGAGGUCGAACCGUCCGAUACUAUCGAAAAUGUUAAAGCCAAGAUUCAGGACAAAGAAGGAAUCCCGCCCGAUCAACAGCGAUUGAUUUUCGCCGGCAAGCAGCUGGAAGAUGGACGUACUCUAUCCGAUUACAAUAUUCAAAAGGAAUCCACGCUUCAUUUAGUGCUGCGCUUGCGCGGUGGUGCUAAGAAACGCAAGAAGAAGAAUUAUUCCACCCCUAAGAAAAUCAAGCACAAGAGGAAGAAGGUUAAACUAGCUGUUCUCAAGUAUUACAAGGUCGAUGAAAACGGCAAGAUUCACCGUCUGCGCCGCGAAUGCACCAGUGAGACCUGCGGUGCCGGUGUGUUUAUGGCUGCUCAUGAGGAUCGUCAUUAUUGCGGCAAGUGUCAUCUAACUCUGGUAUACUCCAAACAGGAGGAGAAGUAGAUGUACGUCUAUCUAGUUUUUCUACAACAAAUGCUUGGAAAACUUCAGAAAAAUCUACAAUAUAAAAAAAUGAAUUCAAUACGGUCUUUAUUGACCGUAAAGCUUUA